UUGGCUAAAUUUUUUGAGGUAUGUCUCUCGUGGUCGGUCGUUUUCGUUUACUGCGUGUCGACGUUCUACCUCGGACCAGUACAGUAUAUUCACGACGAGAACAUCCAAUGCUUGAUCGAUAUUUUACCGACUUAUUAUGCGGGCAUGAUUUUGGUGUUCUACACGUUGCCGUUAUUUCUGUCGCUGUUCAUCAGUGUCUACAUAUUCUGGAAAGGACAGAAACGCAUUAAAGAAAUUCGCAGGUUGAGCGACGCCCCUCAAUUCAGCCGCUCCUUAAACAAGCCCAAGACCAGGACUGCGCGACGAAUAUUCUUCGUCUUCAUAUCCACAUUGUGGACAAGCACAACGUUUCUGCCGUACCGAACUUUGCUAGCCAGUUUUUAUUUCUGUAUUCUGUCGUACUGCGACAACGCACUGAAGGCAAGUACCAAUGCAGUUUUUAUAGCCAACGAAACGUACAGCCAAAGCUCAUUCGUAUUGGCCGAGACGCCCGUAACGCAUCUACAUCGAAACCAGACAGACCUGUCUGAGGAAAUCGCUCUGCAGACCAGAAGGUAA